AAAGUUACGGGAUCCGCGUCCAAAAGCAACGGACAAAAUCGCGAUGGCAACGGCACCAAAGAUUCACGCACUGGUACGCGGGGGUUCACCGGCAUGGCGAUGUCUGUCUCACUCUCGUCUCGUCUCCGCUCCUUCUCCACCCGCUCGCCACGAACCAGCUGACAGUCAAAACCGAUUGAGAAAGGAGCAACCUACCCACUGGCUACGUCCCCGCGGGACCCACACACCCACAGCCCGCUACGUGCUCGCUCGCUCCGGUCGUGUGCCGCCGUAUAGCUCCGCGGUUCUUGGCUGAACCCCAUUAAUUUGAGCCUGUCUCUAGCCUCUUCCCGUGGAAGCGGCGCGAAUCUUGGCUGAGGGCGAGCCUCUGCGCGGUGCCGGGGCAAUGGCGGUGCAGCACUCCCUCCAGGUGAUCGACGGCCGCUGCGACGACGACGGGAGCCCGCCCCGGACCGGGACCGCGUGGACGUGCGCGGCGCACAUCAUCACGGCGGUGAUCGGGUCCGGGGUGCUGUCGCUGGCCUGGGGCGUGGCGCAGCUGGGGUGGGUGGCCGGGCCGGCGUGCAUGCUGUGCUUCGCGCUCGUCACCUACGUCUCCGCCUCCCUCCUCUCCGACUGCUACCGCUGCCACGACGCCGAGAAGGGGCCCAGGAACCGCUCUUACAUGGACGCCGUCCGCGUCUACCUCGGCAAGAAGCAGACCUGGGCUUGCGGCUCGCUGCAGUACCUGAGCCUGUACGGCUGCGGCGUCGCGUACACCAUCACCACCGCCACUAGCAUCAGGGCGAUUCUGAAGGCCAACUGCUACCACGCGCACGGGCACGACGCGCCCUGCAGCUUCGACGGCAGCUACUACAUGCUAAUGUUCGGCGGGGUACAGCUCCUUCUCUCCUCCAUACCGGACUUCCACGACAUGGCGUGGCUCUCCGUCGUCGCCGCGGUCAUGUCUUUCUCCUACGCCUUCAUCGGCCUCGGCCUUGGCCUCGCCAACACCAUCUCUAACGGCGUCAUCAAAGGGAGCAUAACGGGUGUCCCAAUGAAAACCCCUGUCGCCAAGGUAUGGCGCGUCUCACAGGCCAUCGGCGACAUUGCGUUCGCGUACCCGUACUCCUUGAUCCUCCUAGAAAUUCAGGACACCCUCAAGUCGCCACCGGCCGAGAACAAGACGAUGAAGAAGGCGUCCAUCAUCUCCAUCCUGGUCACCACCUUCUUCUACCUCUGCUGCGGCUGCUUCGGGUACGCCGCCUUCGGGAACGACGCGCCGGGGAACCUCCUCACCGGCUUCGGCUUCUACGAGCCCUACUGGCUCAUCGACUUCGCCAACGCCUGCAUCAUCCUCCACCUGCUCGGCGGCUACCAGGUGUACAGCCAGCCGAUCUACCAGUUCGCGGACAGGCACUUCGCGGAGCGGUACCCGGGGAGCGGGUUCGUGAACGACUUCCACACGGUGAAGGUGCCGCUGCUGCCGCCCUACAGGGUAAACCUCCUGCGGGUGUGCUUCCGGACGGCGUACGUGGCGAGCACGACGGCCGUGGCCAUCUUCUUCCCCUACUUCAACGAGAUCCUGGCGCUGCUGGGCGCGCUCAACUUCUGGCCGCUGGCCAUCUACUUCCCCGUGGAGAUGUACUUCAUCCAGCGGAAGGUGCCCCGCUGGUCCACCAGGUGGCUCCUCCUCCAGGGCUUCAGCACCGUCUGCCUGCUCAUCAGCGCCUUCGCGCUCGUCGGCUCCAUCCAGGGGGUCAUCAGCCAGAAGCUAGGCUAGUAUAGCAUAUAUGAUGUGCUCAUGAUAGAGAGAUUAUCCUUCGGGUUGGAACUUGAUUGCUGCUUUCUACUACUGUAAUGGUGAUGGAGAAUGUCACUACUGGGGAGCAUUAGGUUUCUCCCUCCGUGGCGAUGAACAACCAAGUACGUACAAGCCUGUUGUAUCUGCAGGACCGCAGCGCAGUGGCACGCCGUUUUCAGUGCCUUCCUUUCUGGCUUGUUCAUUGGACUGAAACCUGUACACAUGUUAGAUUUUCAGGUUACUUGAGUUGAGGUUACUUUCUGGCAA